AUGAAAGUAAAAGGUUUGAUCGGGGAAUCGCAUGCUAACGAUGAAGACUUGAGGCUUCCCCGCGAUAUGUUCCGCAGUAGGUUACAAUACGAAAUGGUCCGGCACAGGGUUGUUCUCAUUUCGCUAGGCUUCGAGUUAGCAGUGUUUGCCUUUUUGUUCCAUUUGGGAUUACAAGCUGAAAACCUGGGUAUCGAAAUUGUUAUCAUUGUUCCGGUCUUGAUGCUCGCACCACUGGUUGUGGCCGUCACAGGUGUUAUGACAUAUCGAGUCGUGCGCAGGAAAGUUGCGGCCUUGGCUAACAAAUUGAGGUUUAUGAAAGAAAUUAUGACGGUAAAACCAGGAAUCGAAAUGAGGGAGUGGGAUGUUAUUGCAGCCAGAAUGAACCCAGUUUUUUAUCGUAGUAGCUCAUUGGUGACACCUUAUUUCUUUUACGAUGGUGAGUCCUGCUAUUCGUAUUUCAGGAGUACUUACCUGCAGCCUUACUUGAACAGAAAAGAUGAAAACUGUACAAAUGUUGCUGUCGAUGACUUCCAGCGUAUACUUGACCAAGCUAUAAAAACUUACGAAGAAAAAGCGGACGAGGACUGGCAACGAAUAAUGAACGGUACCUCGUCUUUGAGAAGCUAG